AAAAUUCUGUAUAAACUUAGAAUUUAACUUUGGUUAUGCAACAUAUAAGAAUUACAAUUACUUGCUCCAGAUUUUAAAAGAAUGUAUUGAUACAAAAAAUGUAGAUACAAAUUAGAGGUAAUGCUUUACUACCUCUUAAUCUUAAAAAACAUUUAUUUUAAGAAGGAAUAAGAAAUUAUAAUACUUAUCGAAUUAUAUAAAAAUAAAGUCCCAAAAAUAACUAUAAAUUAAGGACUACUUGUUAUAAUUUCUAGCUUUCAUUCGAGUGUUUUUAAAAACCCCCUCCAGACCAAGCGUCAUGGUUUUGGCCACAGCUGUGCUGUCGCAACUGGAAGCCAGGUUCUGCUCAAACUUGGCAACAGACCCGCUGCAAUUAUGGCCAGUGUGUGGGCUGUCACCAGAACACCUUGAUGACGGCAUAUAUAGCCACUGCUAAGGCUGAUUGAAUCAACGAGCGGCCUCUCGCUGUGGGACAAAUGUUUUAUCAUCUUUUGUUUUACUUCGGUUGCACAUAAAUCUUGAACUUGCAUUUACAUUCUGUGAACCCAACACCCUUGCACCCUCGAAAAUACAGGUACGAGUACAGGUAGCUGUGACAUCUAGCGAAGACCUCGAAUUGUUCUUAUAUUCGGGGCUAUUUCCCUUGAAGUCGCGCGUUUCUGUUUAUACUUUUAGUUAUACCAAUAUUUAUGAUUAUUAUGCGUGUUCUUCUGUUUGACUUUUGAUCCUCAUGGAGAAUAGGGAAAAAUUGGUUUAAGUGGACGAAUUAUUGUUUUGAGACGUGUUAGAAUUCUCGGCAGUGGAAAAGCUGAUUCCCUCAAUACCCACUUUUAUGCAUUUAAAGUAUUUACCAUAAAUUAACCAUAUUCAAAAGUGUCUUUGAAAGAUUUUGUUAUUGAUAUUGAACUUUAAAAUAUAUUUCUAGAUUUCUUCCGAGGAAGAGAAGAUAAAAAUAUAUUAAUUUCAAUGCUUUUAGGAGUUUUUAUAUUUUAUACAUUAUAAAUAAUUGUACAGAUUCUACUUAAUUCAAGGGUAAGCUCUUAUGAAGUCGUUCAUCUUUCUGCGACAGUCUUUAAUGAUUCAUGCCGGAAAAGUAUAUUUAUGGUUCAGUUACAUCAGUCAAAUUCUGAAGAGUAUUAGCAUAGUCAGCCCACGCGAUUUGGUAUCUUUUGUGUGAAUUAUAGCACCCACGCUUGUUUAUCAAGUUCCUCAUUCCCCAAAAGAGUUUCAGAGGGGCAAUCAAAAUCCAAGCAACAGUCGCCUGGGGGGAAAAUCGAACAAACCGAAAAACCACCCCAUAACUCAGCAACAGGACAUGGACUUCUCCUGGGACCGGGGCGAUUCCCAGAAGCCGGCCGGGGAGCCAGGACUAGGUAGCCAGGGGUUACUGUCACUGUUUGGCAUCCGGAAAAUGUAUUUACUACAGGCGAAUUUAUUAUAUCAACUUCGAUAUAGCCGUGUGGUGAUAGCAAGCAAAUUAAAUCUGAGAAAAAUUCAAUGUGUUUAGUUUGUCCAGGUCAUUUAUCAAAUCAGAGUCCCAAUUGCAAUAAACAUAAUCGCUGUUCCCGUAUUGAUCCACCGUAAUGGCCGAGCUUUUGUGCCGCGAAAAGGAGCUGUUUAAAAUUAACCAGGAGUUAAACCUGCUGACCCUCAGUUCCGCCGCCGAUGCCUUGUAUCCGGCUAAGGGAUCACCCACAGCUGUGGCGGCUCCUCGAUUUGCCACGUUCCAGAAGCACAAAGGUCCGAGCAGUUUGCUCCGAAAAAAGGGUGUCACCACGGCACCCACAAAGACGCGUCCAAAAACUCCGCCUGGCAGAGAUGCGGUUGCCACAGCCCGAGGAGUGGUUACAUCACCGCAGCCAGACACUAAUCUGCUGACCAAGUCCAAGACGCCUGACUGGAGGCACAACAAGACCGCCGGCACACCCACCUCUCCCACGAGUCGCACGGUGUCCAAGUUCAGCACCUUCACGCGGGAUGUGAGCAGCAAGACGGCCACGUUUGUCAAGUACCGGAACCCCAACUUCAGCGAAAGUCCAUCGCUGGACGAGCUGCUGCGCAACGACGCCGAGGAGGCAGCCCGGAAACAGGAGGUCGAGGUCGAGGUGGAGGUCACCCAGAAGCGGGAGAGCACCACUGUCGUCAAUGGCCAGCUCAAGAAGCAGGUCACCAAGGACAACUUUAUCAAGUUCCUCAAGGCCAAGGUGGCCAUCCUGGAGGAGGACCACGCCCAUCAUGCCGGCGAGCUGACCCGCCAAAAGGAACAGCUUGAGCUCGCCCUGGAAGGGCAGCGAAAAUCGGAGAACCAGCGCGACCAGACGAUGAGUUCCAACAAGCAUCUCUCCGAGCAACUGAUGCGGGCGGAACGGCAGUGGGAGGAUGCCAACCGGCGACAGAAGGAGCGCCAGCAGGAGUUCAUCACCCAGCAGCGGGAGCUGGAGCAGCUGAAGCGGGAUGCCAAGGUGUCCAGGCAGACGACCAUGAACCUGGAAAACCGACUGUCCCGCGCCCAGGAGGAUGCGGAUACUGCCCGCCUGGAGGUCAAACAGCUGCGCGAGGAGCAGCGCGACCAGUUGGAGGCGCAGCGCAAGGAGCUGAAGCAGCGGGACAGCCGGAUCCGGGCCCUGAAGCGCCAGCGGGGCGACCUGCUCAACGCCUACAAGAAGCAGCUCUACAUGAUCGACAACCUGAAGCGCCAGACCAGCUGCAUGGAGCAGUCGGCGGCCAUCGGGUUCGGCGAGAAGGAGUUCAACAAGGUGCUCGAGUGGAAUGCCAAGACGUGAGCCCGUCCAGCUCUCAGAACGAAGUCUAGGCUAAGCAUCUACGUUAAGCAUAAUACACCAAUGUACAUAAGUGGAAUGUAAUUACAUUUUAUGGUCUCUCUCACUCGUCCUCACAAGUCCCCAA